AUGGCGGAGCAGCCCGACCCUCACCCACAACGGAGGUCCUCAUCUCAGACAUCGUCGGCUUCCAACCGCAGUGCAAAGGCUAGGACAUUACGAUCGAAGGCUCAGAAGCGCCAUUCGGGUUCAAAUACACGCACCGAUCUGACUUCGUUCCCUUCUCUGCCCCCGAGUUCGCCGCCCGACAACACCCCCACCUUGACACGAGGCCUGACAACUACGUUGCUGACGGGAGAUACUGGAGAUGGCCCCAAUGAGACAGGUCGCGGACGCAAGGCUACCCUUGCCCGGCUGACGACUGGGGUAUCUCUCAUGCCUCCGGCCGCGCCGCCCUAUUCGAUGAUUCGGUUCCGGCUCGUGAUAUUCCAGGCGCUCUGCACCUCGCAGACGAUGCGCAUAUCGAACAUCGUUAGGCAGUUUGCCCGUGAUUUGGCCCAGCGGGAUGCCGAGAUUUCCGCACUGCGGCAACGGGCCGAUGCGCGGGAGCGGGAACUGAAGAAAAUGCUUCGAGAAGUGUCGGUGUCUAAUCAAGAUAUUGAACGCCGGUUGUACCAAAUGGAGAAUAACCCUGAAGACCGCACUUCCGAUGGAGACAGUACCCACAGCCUUGGUCAGGCCUCUCAGAGCUCCGGGCUGGAUGGUCUCAUGUCUCAGGCCAUGACGGACGCUGUUGGAUCGAACGAUGGUGAUACUUCUGAGCACAACUCUGAUCUUCAGGCGACUCUUCGACCUCAACGAACCGAUGAGCUGCGUGAUGCUGAAGGCAAUCGCAAACGACAAGGCUCCCUUCGUGGCUGGCAAGAGUAUAUCUUUGGAUCAACGAACCCCAGUCGCAAGACCAGCCGUGCCAGCAGUAUCAUGAGUGACAUGCAGGAAUCCCAAGCAAUCCUUCUGUCCGGCGGAAAGCUCUCGACGAGCAGCUCUUCCAUCCCCCCUAAUGGAAAACCUGGCUCUAUUUCAAGUGAUACGUUGGGAAGACGCAUUGCAAGUGGAUCUACCAAUGGGGAUGACGCUAGUGUUCAUUCACGCAAGUCAUCUCGCUCCCUUGGCUCAUGGACUGUCAAAUUAUUUGCCGGGAAUUCGCCAGGACCAAAAGAUUCUAGUGACUCGGAAAGCAGUCGCAAGAUCUCCAAUAGCCAGGACAAAAACACCGACUCCAAAAGCUCGUUGAGCGCAAUUGCGGCAUUGAAACGAAUCAAUAGCAACACCAACAUACCUGGCUCCCUAGGACGCUCCGCCAGUAGCAACUCGGGCACGGUCAGAAUUAACCCGGCUACACGAAGAACCCCGAUAUCCAACAUCUCGCAAGUUACAGCGGCGGCUGAGAACUCGGACCGAAUCUCGACUAAUCUUGGACCCGUCGAGAUGGAUGCCAUUUUGCCUAUGGAGUCUCGCCCACCGACCCUCGCCCCUAUCUAUAAUAAUUCCCAGUCUGGCGAAUUCCUGACCGAUCGAUUUGGGUUCAUUUAUGAUCAACGUCGGAAAAAGCGUCAAAGGGAAGCAAAUGCUAGCAAGACUAGCAAACACCGGCUGAGCAUCACAGAAACCCUGGGCAACCUCCGCAGUGACUCGGAUGUCGAGGAUGAAAACCAAAACCUUCCCUCAGCCACUCCAGAAACCCCCAGCUCUCCCCCUGACUCUCCAGUUGAUCCCGAGAGUGGUACUGCUGGACUCCGCCGCUGGCAAGACUAUCUCAGAAUGCCAACUCGUCCAACCGAGCUUUUAUCCCACACACCCUCCACUGCACCUAUAGUCUCCUUGACUACUGCAGAGCAGAGUCGCUUCCAUAGCUCGUCCGUAUCGGUGGAUAAAGAUGGAACCUUGUCGCUCAAUUCAGGCCAACCUUCCGCCAGUACGUCGGCAAUCACGGCAGAUCGCCCGGAGUUUGCUGGGAUAUCCUCGGAGGAGCAACCUGCCAUUCGAAUCAAUGCUUCUGAAACCGAACCUGUCAAACUUCUACUUGAACAGCUCACCGAUCUUCACGAUACGCUGCAGCGUGAUCGAACAGUGAGGUGGAAUGAGUUCCUUCGCAAAGUACGAGCAGAGCGCCGCAAAGAAGGCGAAGCAGCGGCGGCCGCCGCGUCGUCCUCUGAUAAAUCUGUUACUGCGGUAGACACCCCGGAAGCAAUUCUUGCUGAUGGCGAGGUCAUUGGGAUUUCCGGCCUUGGAAACAAAGGAAAGGUCGGCCGCGCCAAGUGGCGAGAGUUCCGAGCCCUCGUCCUCGGUGGUAUUCCAGUUGCUCUUCGGGCCAAGGUCUGGUCUGAAUGCAGUGGUGCCUCGGGGAUGCGGAUCCCAGGAUAUUACGAGGACCUUGUGCGAGGAGUCGGUGGCACCGAGCCGGAUCCUUCAGUCAUUGCUCAAAUUGAAAUGGAUAUUCGUCGUACUCUGACGGACAAUGUGUUCUUCCGCAAAGGGCCAGGUGUUGCUAAGCUAAAAGAGGUUCUUCUGGCAUAUUCUCGCCGCAACUCGGAAGUGGGCUAUUGCCAGGGCAUGAAUCUCAUUGCCGCAUCACUUCUUCUCAUCAUGCCGACUGCCGAAGAUGCCUUCUGGAUUCUCACCUCAAUGAUUGAAAUUAUUCUUCCCCAGCAUUACUAUGAUCACGGUCUUAUGGCGUCACGCGCGGAUCAGGCUGUCCUCCGACAAUACAUCACUGAACUGCUGCCUAAACUGUCUGUGCACUUGGAGGAAUUAGGCAUCGAGUUGGAGGCCCUUACUUUCCAAUGGUUUCUGUCUCUCUUCACCGACUGUCUCUCUGCAGAGGCACUCUACCGUGUUUGGGAUGUGGUUCUCUGCCUCAACGUUACCAGCACAGCGCAGAAUGGUGCCACUCCAAGUGCAUCCGCUGCCUCCAGCAUCAAAGAAGGCGAUAAAGCCACACCAACCUUGGAAGAUCCUACCUCUGGCGGUGGAGGUGGAAGCACGUUCCUUUUCCAGGUUGCUUUGGCACUAUUGAAGCUUAACGAGCCGCAACUGUUGACAACCUGCUCCACGCCAGCCGCUCUUUAUACGUACAUCAACCACCAAAUGACCAACCAUGCCAUCAGCAUUGAUGGUCUGAUUCAAGCUAGCGAAGCUCUUCGCAACAUGGUACGCCGGGAAGACGUUGUUUCCCGCCGAGCCGUUGCUUUGCGAGAAAUGCGCGAGUUUGGUUAG